AAUGAUGGUAGUAGCAGUCAUAGGGCUUCUUUAUUCAUACACGAAAUCGGCUCAUUACAGACACUCUGAAUGCAUUCGUGUGCACCUCAGGGUGUGUUAAGAAUGCAGGAGAGCGCCCUGCUUUAAAGCCAAGCCAACGAGCACUAGUUGUGGUACAAGACAGCAAAAACUUCUUCAACAUCUGGCAACACGCAGGUUUCGGUUGACAGCGGCUCAGAUGUGGAGUUAAAUGCACCACGCAGAAACAUCUAAAUUCCUUCUUCACUGGACGGGACAAAGCAAGUGUUAAAAAUAAUUUUAAUGUGGUUUAACAUGCGCCGCGAUGCAGACAGUCACUGAAAAUAAUGGGAUAGUAUUUUGUCCCACUGCUUCUGUCCAAGAAAACGCCUUGUUAUCUAUUGUGGUAAUUUGCAGGUCAUGUCAAAAUGUUGUUGGUUUAGAACAGAGCCAUAUAUGGCUCUGAUUUAGAAUAGAUAACUCUUUUGACUCGUGUACGAUACUUUUCUUCCAAAUACGAUAAUUUUGAACUUCUGCUAUGAUACUUGGACAUUUCCAAUCUGGCAACACUUCGUCCGAUUGAGUUUUCCUCUCACGGAAGGGAUUUACCACGCGUGCAAGCAUCAGUUCUAUGCUCGGUUAUUAUUGGCAUUGAUUUGCAGUCAUACUCAAAUGCUAAAAUAGUUAUAUCACUUUGGUUCACAGCGCUUACUUUUUAGUUGGUCUUCAACCUGAAGUCUGCAGGUAUUAUUUAUACCGAGCAGUGGAGCCAUGUAUAUAUGUCCCAUGUCUAAUUGGAGAGUGGUAGUGACUGGAGCUAUUUACUGUAUAAGUACUUUUUUAAAAGGUCCCGCCCCAGUGACAGCAUUCAUCCGUUUGAAAGGUUUUAUAUAAGGUGAAGAGGGAAGUCAAGACACAAAGACCAACCAAGAACAGAACAACUCAAGAUACAGGAAGAGAAACACAAUGAACGCAUAUGUGAAGACAAACACAUUCUACAUUUCAAUCUGGAUUUGGCUCAUUUUAGGUGUUGAGAGCUACAGCGGUUGGUCAAACCAUGUAUUAACUAUUUAUCCUGGAGGAUCUGUCAUCAUCCCAUGUUAUUAUGACAAGAAAUACACACAGCAGAAGAAAUCCUGGUACUCAGAGAUUAAUGUAUCUAAAACAUACACAAACACAACAAAGGAGAAUCUGUCAGUAAUUGAUCAUCCUGAUCAGAGUCUCUUUACUGUGACUAUGAGAAACCUGCAGAACAAACACAAUGGACUUUAUUAUUGUGUUGUGGAGACUGGAGAAAAAGCAUCAGAUACAAUAUACAAGCCUUAUGUCAAGAUUCAGUCUACUCCUGAUGUGUCUGUGGUGAGCAGCAGUGUCUCUGGACAUGAAGGUGGUGAUAUCAGUGUUCAGUGUCUCUACAGUUCUGGAGAUCAGAAUAAAGUCAAACAGUGGUGCAGAUAUAAAGAUCAGAGAUGUUACACAGUGGGAAGGACUGACACAUCCCAGAAUUCAUCAGUGCAGAUCAGAGAUGAUGAUGGGGGAAGAUCCUUCACUGUGCUGAUGACUGGACUGAGACGGACUGAUCCUGGCUGGUAUUUCUGCUCUGUAGGAGAUGCACUGAAUCCUGUUCUCAUCACUGUUCAGAAAGACAAUGAAAAUAAAAGUGAGGCACUGAAUCCUGUUCUCAUCACUGUAACGGAGGCAGAACCAGGCACUGUCAGUGACAAAGAAAAUCAAACAAGGAUUCUCAAAAAACAUAAUAAUGAAACAAAAGACAUGAAGGAGACACAAAAUAAUGGACUCCUGAUUGUGUGGCUUCUUCCAGCUUUAGCAGCACUUCUGCUGUUCUUUAUUCUGGUCGGUGUUUUCACCUGGAGAUGGAGACGGAGACCCAAACAAGAUAAACCUCACAUCAGAGGGAGAAACAGCAGCAGAACCACUGACAUGACCUUCUCUAAACCUGAAGAUCCUGUGAUAUACAGCACUAUAAAUGAUGAAAUCCCACAUGAUCCCAUUAAUGAAAUAAUCUACUACAGCACUAUUGAUGAUGUUCCUGGGAGUGAAGUGAUGAAGUCUCCAUCAGGUGAAGCUAUAUACAGCAUAAUAUACAGCACUGUGGGUCCACACUGACAGCAACAGAGAGAACAACACAAGAACAGACACAAAAUCGGACUCUCAUCACACACUUUAUUUUAUAAGUUGAUCAUGGGAUGUGAAUUAUAUUUCCAAAAGGACCUGUAUGAACAGAUGUGAGAGUCAAGACUAUUGAUAUUUAAAACCAGAAUUGUAAAUGAAUGCACCGUUCAUAACUAGCCUACUCUGUCAAAAGUCAAAAAUGUAUCCUGAUAAAAUGGAGAGUGUUUCUUAGCAGUAUGUAAUUCUACAUUGUUUUAUAGUCUCGGUUUAAUUUCUUCAAUGUAAAAAUCUAUUUUAGUUUACUUGUACAGUGUUACUUUCUGUUUCUUGCAUUAUUAUAAACGCAAGCAUAUAUAAAAUGAAAUAAAGUAUUGCAGUUUUAUGUGUGAAGAAAUAAUGUGAUUCAUUUCCCUUGAUGGACAGUCAUUGAUCUGAUCUCAUGGUCUGAUGUGGUGAACAAGUGGAGCAGAAGUCAGUGUCUUGAUUUGAACGUUCAAGUGUUGCUUCUGUUCUUCUGUGUUUUUAUGGAAGUGGUUCAACUGUGGUGAUUCUUUUAUUAUUGGCUCAGGAUCUCCUCAUGAUCAUUGGAAACUGUGCA